GACUACGAGACUCCACGUGCACUCGAGACGGACGAGAUCCCCGAUGUGGUGGAGUCGUACCGGCACGGCGCUGAAUUGGCACUGAAGGCCGGUUUCGACGGCGUGGAGAUCCACGGCGCCAAUGGCUACCUGAUCGACCAGUUCCUGCAGUCGGUCACUAACAAGCGCACGGAUAAGUACGGCGGGUCGUUCGAGAACCGGGCGCGUCUUCUGAUGGAGAUCGUGGAGGCCGUCAAGACGGUCGUGCCGGCGCACCGUAUCGGUGUUCGUCUUGCGCCUAACGGUGCGUUCGCCGGCAUGGGCAGCGAGGACAACUACGAGAUGUUCAAGUACACUAUGGAGCGUCUGAGUACGUAUGGCCUGGGUUAUCUUGCCAUCCUCGACGGCUUCGGCUUCGGCUUCACGGACAAGUGCCGUCUCACCACUGCGUUCGAUGCCAAGACGGCAUUCAAGGGCAUUGUCAUGGCCAACAACAACUACACUCGGGACCGUGCGGAAGGAGCGAUUCGCACGGGAACUGUGGACAUGGUGGGCUUCGGACGGCUGUACAUCUCGAACCCCGACCUGGCCGAGCGCUUCCAGAACGACUGGCCGGUGGAGCCUGAAGCUGGACACGAGGUGUACUACAACUCGGCGCUGGGCGGCAAGGGCUACAACGACUUCCCGUCCUACCAGCCGAAACCUUAG